AUUCGAUCUUGUUCGCUACUCGGUCAGGAAACAGCCCAACGAGGAAAACACGUCGCAAACCGCUUGAGCUCAAGCACAGGCACGCGUUGAGAGGAAAGCGGUAGUAACAUGGCCAUGCAGAGUAUCAAGUGUGUGGUAGUCGGGGAUGGAGCUGUCGGCAAGACUUGUCUCUUGAUUUCUUACACCACAAAUGCGUUUCCUGGCGAAUACGUGCCUACCGUGUUCGACAAUUACUCUGCCAACGUCUUGGUAGACGGGAACCCCGUAUCGCUAGGUCUCUGGGAUACAGCAGGUCAAGAGGACUACGACCGGCUGCGACCCCUAUCUUACCCGCAGACAAAUGUCUUCUUGGUCUGUUUCUCUAUCGCUAGUCCACCUAGCUUCGAGAACGUCAAGACCAAGUGGUACCCAGAGGUCUCGCACCAUGCUCCGGGCGUACCGGUGAUCCUCGUCGGGACUAAACUGGAUUUGCGAGACGACCCCCUUACCCUCCAACGAUUGCGAGAGAGACGGUUCGCACCGGUGACGUAUGCGCAGGGAUCUCAGAUGGCCAAAGAGAUCGGUGCGGUGAAAUACCUCGAGGUGAGUCUGGCAUCAUCCCUCACGCAAAAGGGAUUGAAGAACGUCUUUGACGAGGCGAUCAAGACCGUCCUCGCCCCGUCUGACAGGAGCGGGGGGAUGAGCAAGCGAAAGAAGAAGAACUGUGUGAUUCUCUAGACGGGUGUUGCGAACAGGCAACAGCGCCAUACAACGGGAGUGUCCCUGUGGACAGAUUAGAGGGGUAGAAGCCGAAAGCGCACAAGGCUAGGUCAUUUGACUGCGGGGAUUGAGCAUGGGUCCUCGGUCGCUGCUGUGGGAUAGAGAAAUUGCUGUAAAAUCGGGUUGCGGAGAAUACUUUGUAAAAUGCAAGGAUGGGAAUCAAAACCAGGAGACAUGGAUUAGAGAUGUGACGACGACCGAGUGGAUCACUUCCCCCCGGGACAUGCAUGC